UUAUGUCACUGGUGCACAAGAUCGCGAAAUUGACAAAAUUGCAUAGAUUUAACAGAAUCACCUAUUUAUAUAGUUUAAGUAUUUAAUUAGACUAGUAGUAAUCUGACAAUAAUAUGAAACUUUUGUCUCAGGUGCUUUUCAAAACGAAACAAAGCUUUAGAGUGACAUACUGUUUAUUUAUUAGAAAUGCCCCACUCUCUACACAAAUAACAAAGUCCUUGCCAGCAAAUGGAGAAGGAAUUAAUAUAAGUGAUUCUUGUGUUACAAAAUUAAGGCAAUUAUGUGAUGGCAAAAAUUCUUUUUUGAGGCUUUGUGUAGAAAGCGGCGGCUGUUCAGGUUUUCAAUAUAAGUUUGACUUGGACAGUAAGAUGGAGAAUGAUGACAGAGUUUUUGAAAAAGAUGGUGUCAAAGUAGUAAUUGACGAGACUUCCCUGGAUUAUAUUAAGGGAGCUACAAUAGACUAUCACACUGAAUUAAUAAGAUCAGCGUUUAGAGUCAUACAAAAUCCUAAUGCAGAUAUAGGAUGUUCAUGUGGAGCAAGUUUCUCAAUAAAAAUUGAUUAAUACUGAUUAUGAUGUAGUUAGUAGGUGUGUUAAUGAUGUGUAGUAUUUUAUUAGUAUAUUAUAUUUAUUGAUAUCAGAUUUGCACAGUAAUGUUUUAACUAAGUAUUCAAUAUUUACUGUAAGACCACAUAUUGUAUAGUAUAAAUUCGUCCACUAUGUACAUGAAAUUAUUUUUAGAAAGAAACAUGUACAGACGGUGUAUGUUGUAAUUUGUAAAUAAUUUUAAUAUUUACAUGUCCUGUACCUUACUACUUUGUUAAUUAUUUUAGGACAAUUUAUGAUGUAAAUAAAAAUGUGAAAUUUGCUAUGUACAGUUUAUGUCACAGUACUGUAAAUUCUAAAUGGUAUUCACUAUUAAUAAAAUAGCUGUUAAAUAGGAAUUCUGCCAAAUUGAUUUUUCAAAAUCAUUCUGUGCUACAGAUAUAAGUAACAAGUCUCUGGCAUUAGGAAUGCACAUUGUAAGUCAAUAGGUGGAUAUCACUUAUUAGGUAUAUUCCCAUCUACUAUUGGUGUAUUUUAAUUGCAUUAGUACAGUUUUAGCACCUAACCACACCAAGUUAUUAAUUACAUGCUCUUUUGCCUAUUCUUUUCUAGUUUAAACUAUAUUAGCCAUGUAUAGUUUGUACAUCAUACCUUUUUUUUAUCAUAUUUCUAUCUCUGUCUUUUGUAUUAGGAAUUAAUAUAAGAUAAAGAUAUAGAGAGAUAAAUUAUUUGAGUAGUUAAUGAUAUUGAUAUAUAAAUAAAAA